GAACAAAACGCAAAGAAGGUGGUUUUUUUUCUUCAUUUUAUCCUUGUUUUCCAAAGCACUUCUCUCUCUUUUUCUCCAUUCACACUAAACUCCAUUUCUUGGCUUCUUUCAUUCUUUCCAAUGACACUUGCAAAACCACCCCUUCCUUUUGCUAUGCUUUGCCUAUCUUCUUGUUUGUGAACAAGCUUUGGAACAAGAACCAGUAGAACUAUUGAUUUUUGUGUGAACUAACCACAAAUCCCAAAAACAAAAGUAAAUAAACAAAAAAAAAAAGCAAAGCAAAGAAGAGUAGAGGAGGGGACAUCACAAAACAGAAGGCUUCGUAAAAACCGCCAUUGUCAACAAGAAGUCAGGAGAGAGCUAUAUAUAUUUAUAUAUCGUUUUUGUUUGUGGUUGUGAGGCCCAAAAAGAUAAAGAUGAAGUACGUAUUGGUUACUGGUGGUGUUGUUAGCGGACUUGGUAAAGGAGUCACAGCUAGUAGUAUUGGUGUUCUCCUCAAGGCUUGUGGUCUUCGUGUUACUUCUAUCAAGAUUGACCCUUACCUGAACACAGAUGCAGGGACAAUGUCUCCUUUUGAGCAUGGGGAGGUGUUUGUCUUAGACGAUGGCGGUGAGGUGGACCUUGACCUGGGAAACUAUGAGCGGUUUCUAGACACGACACUGACCCGUGACAACAAUAUCACCACUGGAAAAAUAUAUCAGUCUGUUAUUAACAGAGAGAGAAAAGGAGAUUAUCUUGGAAAAACUGUCCAGGUGGUUCCACACAUUACUGAUGCCAUACAAGAGUGGAUAGAGCGGGUGGCAAUGGUACCAGUUGAUGGGAAAGAGGGUCCAGCUGAUGUUUGUGUCAUCGAGUUGGGUGGAACUAUAGGGGAUAUUGAGUCUAUGCCAUUUAUUGAGGCACUUGGUCAAUUCUCAUAUCGCGUAGGGUCUGGCAAUUUCCUCUUGAUUCAUGUCAGCCUCGUCCCUGUUCUUAACGUUGUUGGUGAGCAGAAAACAAAGCCUACCCAACAUAGUGUCCGGGGACUAAGAGGACUGGGUUUGACACCAAAUAUUCUUGCUUGCCGCAGUACAAAGCCACUUGAUGAGAAUGUUAAGGAAAAGCUUGCUCAGUUUUGUCAUGUGCCGGCUGAAAACAUUGUCACUCUUUAUGAUGUUCCAAACAUUUGGCUCAUUCCCUUGUUAUUAAGAGAUCAGAAGGCACAUGAAGCAAUCCUGAAAGGACUGAAUCUUCUAGGGGUUGCUAGAAAACCUGAUUUGGAGGAGUGGACUGCUAGAACAAAAAUUUGUGACAUGCUGAACGCUCCUGUUAGGAUUGCUAUGGUUGGAAAAUACACCGGACUUUCAGAUGCUUACCUCUCUGUUUUAAAGGCUCUUUUGCAUGCUUCGGUUGCUUGCCACCGGAAGCUUAUUGUGGACUGUGUAGCAGCAGCUGACCUUGAAGAUGCAACUGCAAAAGAGGCCCCUGAUGCACAUAAAGCUGCGUGGGAUCUUUUGAAGGGUGCUGAUGGUGUUCUAGUUCCAGGCGGUUUUGGUGAUAGAGGAGUGAAAGGGAAAAUUCUUGCAGCAAAAUAUGCUCGAGAGAACAAAGUUCCAUACCUUGGAAUAUGUCUGGGCAUGCAAAUUGCUGUCAUUGAAUUUGCACGAUCUGUUCUUAAUUUACAUGAUGCCAACAGUACCGAGUUUGAUCCCAACACCAAAACUCCCUGCGUUAUAUUUAUGCCAGAGGGUUCAAAAACUCACAUGGGAGGAACCAUGCGUUUGGGAUCAAGGAGGACUUAUUUCAACGUUGCAGACUGCAAAUCUGCAAAGUUAUAUGGCAAUGUAGGUUUUGUUGAUGAACGUCAUCGACACAGAUACGAGGUCAAUCCUGAUAUGGUUUCACAACUUGAAAAGGCUGGUAUGUUGUUUGUUGGCAAAGAUGAAACUGGCCAAAGAAUGGAGAUUAUCGAGCUGCCUACACAUCCAUACUUCGUUGGUGCUCAAUUCCAUCCCGAGUUCAAAUCAAGACCAGGCAAACCUUCUGCACUGUUCUUAGGACUUAUUGCAGCGGCAUGCGGGAACUUGGCAACGGUUCUUCAGAACAAUGGCCAUGUCACCAAGUCACUUAGCAAUGGAAUAAGCAAUGGACACUUGACGACAAAAACCUACCAAAAUGGAAAAAUUUUAAAGACUUCCAAUGGGUCAGUAAACGGUGUGUAUAGCAAUGGCAAUUGCAAUGGUGUGCACUGAUGAGAGAGUUAAAGCCAAUUGUUUGUUUUUGUUGGAAUCGCCUUGGGUUCUGUCUGUACAGCUUUCUUGAGUUGGGUAGGAUGGUGUUAGCUCUCAAGGACUUGUCUUCAUGAUGAAGCUUGAUUUUGCUUUGAAGGGCUCAGCUUGUUUUUCGAAAGAAGAUUUGGCUCCAAGUGGGAAAAGUUGCUUCUUCGGACCAAGUCUUGUCUCUACUUUUUUUCCCUUUUACUAAUAUGUGUUAUGUGACGAACCUUUUGGCCAUUUGCCGUGGAAAAGGGACCUUUGGUCUUAAGUUCGUUGUAUGUUUUAAACGAAUAUUUCUUUUUUCACCCUUUUUUUCUGAUAGAGAAUAAAUAAGUUUGCCAUCUAUAUUAACUACAA